ACGCAGCAGCAGAUGCGGGUCUUAUUUGUUCCCUCCAGCAGGAGGGCGUUCCUCCGAACAACAUCCAGAUCCAGUGUAGCGAGUACUGCCGGUGCGCGUCCUUCAUAUCGAGACGCUGUCAACGCUUUGUGUGUUUGUCGGUUGUUGUUUUGUCUAAAGAGUUUGUUUAACUCCCGGAUCGGGGCCUUCCUCCAUGUUAGCCCUCCAUUGGUGGACGGAGGAGGAGGAGGCCAGGCGGACUCGGAAGACAUGGAGGCUCUCCGGCUCUGCAGAGGGAGGGAGCUGUAGGACGUGGUGAUUUCUACGGGGGGGUUUCUCUCCUAGAAUGGACCCGGCACACAUUGGAGGGGACAUGCCGCCUUUGUAUGUGCCCAGAAAACGAAAAUCUGUGCAGUCACAACCCAAAAGUGGAGUGCCAUGUCCAGUUGUUCAGCGACUACCAGAAAGAACCUGUGACUUAAAUUCAGUCGGAUAUCCCAAGAAUGACGAAGCUGAAGCCCAAGACUCUCUAAAGAUGAAGAGAACCUACGGUAGAAAGAGGUACGAGGACCUCCAUAGUGUUUCCAUAGGAACAGUAGAUUACCCAACCACCAGCUGCUCAGUGAUGUCAUCGGGUGGCCUGGCCAAUGGGGCGGACCCCGGGUCCAUGGCUCCGCCCACUGCAAGGCUGCCACCGAGACUGGUGGGAAAGGAUGUGUGGCCUCAAGGCCCCGAGGCCAGCAGGGAGCCGCCCCAGCCUCAGGACCACAGCUGGAACUCCAGCAGGGACCGGGGCCCCGACGCCUGGGCCCCGGGUCGAGACCGACCGCAGGAGCAGGUCUGGAACUCCGGCAGGGACCGAGCGGGACACUCCGGUCAAGAACAGACGUGGAUCCCGGGCAGGGACAGGGCCCACAGCGGACCGGACCAGGCCUGGAUGACUGGCCGGGACCGGGGCCCCGAGCAAGGGUGGGCGGCCGACAGAGACCGAGGCCAGGAUCAGGUGUGGAACGCGGGCAGGGAUCCGGGGAGGGACGGGCCCUCCUCGGGGCCGGAGCAGGCGUGGGGAACUGGCCGAAGCCAAGACCAGGGCUGGAGCAACGCCAGCAGAGACAGAGGGCACGUCUGGAGACCCGACUUGAACAUGAAGAAAGUCCUCCGAGUGGAGCUGGAGCGAGGCCCACCUGUUAACAACUUCUCUCAGCCACCAGAGGGCCGAGACUCUUCUUCCGUUGCAGCGAGUGUCGGUGAGGCCUCAACGGCUCCACCCAGCGAGGACCAGAAGCCCCCAGUCCUCUCCACCAAGAAGGAGCCUCCUACCUAUCCUCCAGGAAGUCAAGAGGAGCGAUGGCAGCUCCAGAUUGUGGCCAAAGGCAGAGUCACUUGUCCAAAAUGUAAAAGUGUGAGCAGGAAGACUGUGGAGGGGCUGAAGAAGCACAUGGAGAACUGCAGACUGCAACCCUUCACCUGUCAGCACUGUGGGAAACAGCUGAAGUCUUCAACGGGGAUGAAGUAUCACAUCAUGGCUGACCACAGCCACCUGCCCUCAGCAGAAGAUGCCAAGGACCUGGACGAUCGUGCCAUCAAAGACAAACUGCGUAAAAUCCUGAAGCGACUGGGCAAAUUAAAAUGCUCUAAAGAGGGUUGUAACGCUGCCUUCACCAGCAUCAUGGGCUACGUGUACCACAUGAAGAAGUGUGGGAAGGAGGAGUCCGAGCUGGAGAAGAUGCUGCUGAAUUGCUCUCACUGCGGGAAAACCUACAAGUCCAAAGCCGGUCUGGAGUACCACCUGAAAUCAGAGCAUGCUCCCACACCCCAGAAGAGUGAGGAAGACGAGGCCCUGAAGGCCCACAGGGAGGCGAACCCGGAGAGGACGGCCAGCGGCAGGGUGCAGCGAGCAUCGGCCCAGGUGGCCAACUUCCACCUGGCUGAGAUCGCCAACAACGAGCUGCCCAAAGACUGGCCCAAGAGGAAGUUUCAGUCGGACCUGGUGCCAGACGACAAAAAGUUGAAAUACACCCGACCGGGCCUGCCGGCCUUCAGCCAAGAGGUGCUGAGGAAGUGGAAGAACGAGGUGAAGCUGCAGAGGAAAGUCCAUUGUCCCAACCAGGGCUGUGGCUCCACCUACACCAGUGUGUCUGGACUGAAAGCUCAUCUGGGACUCUGCUCGAGGGGCGACUUUGAGGCUGGAAAGUACAGAUGUCUGAUCUGCAAUAAAGAGUUUAACUCUGAAAGUGGAGUGAAAUACCACAUCAACUCUGUCCACUCGCAGGACUGGUUUGUGACGAACAAAAAAGCCUCCAAGAAGUUUCAGAAGUUCCUCAAAAACCAGCCCAAGGAUAUUAUCCAUAAUGUGGACAAGCAGAUCGUGGAAAACUACCACCACCAGCACCUCCAGCAGCACCAUCAUCAUCAUCACCACCUCCAGCAGCAGCAGCAUCAUCAUCAGCAGCAUCACCACCACCACCACCACCAGCAGCAUCUGCUGCAGCUCCAGCCCAUGCAGCACCCUCUGCAGCCGCUGCAUCACCUCCAGCACCAAACCCAGUUCCUCCACCCGGAGCACCAGAGCCUCCCUCCGCAGCUGGACGCCCAGCACCAGCAGCCGAUGCUCCACUACACCCCUUUGGAGCCUCCACCCGGACCCAUGUGGGUGGACAUGGACCAGGGGGGCGCCGGGCCGGGACCGGAGCAGGCCCCGAUCGAGCUGGAAAUGGCGGAUGUUGAGAAACCCGGAGAGGACGACGGCGGGAUGGCGGAGGGGAAAAGGAGAGAUAAGGGGGAGAGGGGGAAGGCGGAUGGGAAGCGGAAGGAUUGCUUUGCUUUCGGUGGUGGUGGUGGUAAUACUGGCAGCUCGUCCGGCGAAUCAGAGGUGGAGCAGCGGGACAGGCAGAGACAGAUCGACCAGUGGAAUCUGAAACGUCCGGGCAUCAUGGAGCCCCUCCCCGAGGCUGGGAAGGCACAAAGGAACACUUAAAAUAAAAACGUCGUCGUGCAUCAGAGCCGAUUUUAACAGAGGUAGAAAAAGACACCACGGAGUGUCCGUCCCUACUUCACUAGCUGAGACGUAGAACUGGUUUUCCACAAGACGAACCGGUGAGGAGGCGGCUGACGACUGAGCUGCUAUUUACGACUUUAAAAAAUGUUUAGAAGAUGACGACGGAAACCUUCAAAAGAACCUCACAGAGUCGGCGUGGAUGUGAGACUACACACACACACACACUCUCUCUCUCUCUCUCUCCUGGUCCAGAGGCUGUUUCUGUGGUUGUCAUUGUAUAGCCUUGAGAAAACUGUAGUGUAGCGUUUUAUCUGUGCGUUUAUCUGCAACAGAUUCUUUAAAUGUGUCUCGUUCUUUUGAUGAACCCUUCCUGUCUUUCUAUGUUGACCCUUUAAAGGGGAAUAGUUCCUUUCACUUUGAGAGAGGCUGCUACAGUGAAGUAUUUUAUUAGACUCGUGUGUCUCUCUGAAAAGAUUUUGUGCCUCUUAAGUAUGAUCUUCAUAUCUUCAUACUACGUGCUCACUCUUACGUAACUGAUUGGCCUUUUCUGGGUUAAAUUCAGUUUGAAGUGUCACUUUUUCUGGUAAAGUUCAACAGAAAAAGGCUUCAUCUCACCGUGGCCCCUUCCUGUAACAACUUUUCACCAGUGAGAUUUUGACUAAAUGUAUAUUUAUUUAUUUUUUUUGACAGUGAAUGCGACUUGGCUUCAUAGCUGCCCUCCAUGAGCCAAGUCUGCUGGCAGCUCGUGGGCGACGUCUGUGUUGUGCUUCCAGUGCAGUUACAAGAGUUUAAACAGGCAAAUUACACACGAAGAGCGAUCACACGACAAGUUAAAGCACAUUCAUCACAGUAAAGUAACCGUUCAACAUUUUGGGAAAUGCUCUAACUGGCUAAAACUUUAGGAAGAUCAACUUGUACAGAACAACGGUUCACUCGUCCACCCGGUGGAUGGUAAAUAAAUGGACUGCGUUGAUAAAGCACCUUUCUAUUCUUUGAUUUGUAGACUGCAGGCGCCGGGGAUUCGAACCACCAACUGUCUGAUUAGUGGACGGACGCUCUGCUCCCAGAGUCACAACCACGAGUCAGUGCUUCUGUGCAGAGCAUCUCCAGCUAGCUCGGCCCCUAAAUUAUUAACAAUUUCACGAUUCGUCCACACGCUCUUUGUCACAGUUCAGCUUGUUUCCCCAAAAUGUUUGACUAUUCCUUUUUAAAAAGCAGCAUCAGUCAGUUUAAAAUGGACUCCGGCGGUGUGUGAAGAACAACAUGUGAGAAUCUUUGAUUUGCAGUAAUGUUUUUUUUUUUUUAUUAUUCAACAUCCACUCUCUAGCUUUCUGUGAAACUUAAAAUCUUUUACUCUUCCUCAGCUGAUGGAGCUCUGUUGUCAUCAUUUGACCUGAGCUUGAUGAAGAAUCCCACAAGAUGGGUUUAAAAAAGAAAAUCCGUUUUUUAAACAUUCCACAAACCAGGAGUUUAGUCGGCAGGGAAACAAAGUAAGAUAAAGCACAUACGUGCGACGGUCCACUUGUUCAUGGAGUUAAUGGACUGCAGGUGACAGGAGGUCAGACGUUGACACAAGUGACAUUUCACUCGGAUGAAGGAAAGCCAACACACAAAUCAUUUCACACUUUCUGUUCAUUCUUCAAAGACCUUAAUGUUUUUAUCACAGAAUAUUUAACAGAUAGCAUGUAGCCUAAUGUUUAUGUACUCUACAUUAUGUAUCUACUAUAGUGACGUAAGGUUAUGGAUGCUCGUCAGUCAUUUGUUUGUGAUGUUUUAUCACUAUUCUGUAUGUUGUUUUACAAUUUCUUUUGCAUUUAUGAAUGUAUUUUGUUUCCCUUCUGUUGUGCACUUAAAACAACCUGAAUUCAUCAUUUGAUAUGUUCAAAGAGGAGAACCCUUUAACCUGUCUUUAACAAAGUAUGUGAAUGAUCCUGUUUAAAGUGCUUUAGCCUUCACUUCCCUCCAUCAGAUGCCUUUUGGAAGAGUUUAAAAUAGAGAACCUCCUUGUACGUGGGAAGUAUUUCAAAAAGUAGGAUUUCUAUAUAUUUGGAUGUCAGGCAGCGGUGGAGAACAUGCAACGAUCUCUUUGUGAACACUGUAUUCUCACUUCCUGUUUUCAGUCAUUUUACCUCUAUUGUGUUGUUUCUCAGUGGUUUAAACCAUAAACACAUUUUCCUGGUAGCUCAGUGUAACGACGCGUUGAACCGCCUGUUUAAGACGUCUUUGUUUUAUUUACUUUAAAGUUACUGUGAGGAAAAAUGACCCCACAAGUGUCUUAAAGUCCUUGUCUUUUCCUCUCUACAGUUUUCAACACUUAAUAAUAAUGUUAAUAAGAUAAGUAUUAUUUAUCACUAUAGGCGGUGGUCUCCUGAAAUGAAGCAAUAUCUAACUCAUCGUCGGUAGUAACAUGUCUCUAUUGGUUGUAACCAAAUCAACAAAAGGUACUAAAACUGCAUCCUGUAACCAGAAACAAGCAAAGAAUAGAAAUCUUUGUGAAGCUGUUUUUGUUUUCCUGUUGAUUAUUGUCUAAGUUCAUAAAUGGUGAAAUCAUUCAGAAACUGUCUCAAAGCUUCCCUUUGCUUCUUGGAAUACUUCCCAUGUGCACUUAUGCUUGUGACCAAAUCUUUAGCGCCGUUCAACGUUCUCCUCAAAGUCCGAGCGUCGGUAUUCUGAGCGGAACGUUGCUCAACCAGUAAAAAGUGAAACUUGUUGCAUGUUUUCAUUUGCACCUCGUGGUCUUUCCUGCUGUUACUUUAUUUCUUCUUCUUUAAUGCAGGAGCGACGAUCUGUCAUCCAGAGUUACUUAAAACUCAAAGCCUGUGUUGUUUAAGAACUGUACUUUAGUGCCAGCAGGAGUUGUUGUCUACUCUCUGCAAUAGAACCAAAACGGCUACAAGAUUACGUUUGAUUUUAUCAAUGGUGACCCGUUUAUUUUGACAAUAGAGUACUAGUGACAAAUAAUUCCAAAUACUGGGGGCAGAGUUGUGUUAUUAACCGUACAGUAAAUUAAUGAGGAAUGAAAAUAAAGUUCUGAUGUCUUGUGCCCCAUCAUCAUCGUCAUCAUCAUCCAGAUCUGAAUAAAGGUUCAGUUAGCAGUCGUGUAUCGUUUGUAAACACUUCGUUUUCUUUUUCCUCCAUCGUGUGCGACAUCAUUCAUAUUCAAGGUGAACUGGUUAUGAUCUCAGCUGAAUUUAUGUUACAAAUCUGUACAUUUAAUAUGUUUGUUUUUUCAUCGUACCAGCAUUGUUAUAACCACACAGAUGAUUAAAAGUUUACUUCAU